ACAGUUAUUAACACAAAUCCUUCAUUCUUAUAAUUUUCAUUUAUUUAUGGCUCAUGAAAAGAAGCAAAUUAAAAUUUGUAAUCCACAUCCGGUUUCGAAACGACCAAGCAACGUUAGCUGUGUGCAGUCCGGUUAUUGACAACGUGCUCUAAAUAGCGAGGAUGAGCAAGAAACAGACACCCAGUGAUUUUCUAAAACAGAUCAUUGGUAGACCUGUUAUGGUGAAACUGAACUCUGGGGUGGAUUAUCGAGGUGUUCUGGCAUGCUUGGAUGGCUACAUGAACAUAGCCCUAGAGCAGACUGAAGAGUAUGUCAACGGGCAGCUGAAGAACAAAUAUGGCGAUGCUUUCAUUAGAGGCAAUAAUGUGCUAUACAUCAGCACACAGAAGAGAAGGUGAUUGCAGAGAUGUGGGGCAUUGAUUGUGUCACUCAACAGCCAGUGGACUGAAAGAAUACUGCAUGACUGUGGGAAAGGAUGCUUUUGGGUAGUGAUGUUUUGCUUGCAUCUCUAAUGUGUGCAUUGCAUUGUACAUUUCUUUAAGAUCAUUUUCUGCUUGUCAUUUUGGUCUUGACAUUUGUCUGCUUUUCCGAAUGAAUGUGGCACCUGUCUGUCCGUGAUAAAGCCUUCCUGAUUUUUGUGUAAAACUAAAAUCUCACUUGCAAAAUUAGCCAAUAAAUCAUCUGUUACAUGUCA